AGCAAAACAACCAUUUGCAUUCGCCAAACGAUAUAGCUACGAUAUGGUUUUGUGAAUACUUUUAUUGCCCUUUAUUUGUUUUGUUUAUCAUCUCCGAGGUCAAUAUUCGUAAAGAAAGAUUUACGUUUACAAAAUGCCCACAAUAUUCGGUAGCGUCAUUUGUUUUUGUUUACCUGCAGAUUCUUAGCUGUUGUAUACAAUGUCGCCUUCCCCAAUCCGUUGUCGUGGACCAUGGAAAAUACAUAAGCGUUCUUCGGAACCUGAUAGGUGGCUGGAUGAAUUGGGUUUUUUUCGAAAACACACUGCUAGGGAUUCCAGCUGUUUAUUUAGAGCAGUGUCUGAAAAUGUGUAUAAUACCCAAAGAUACUUCCACAAAGUACGCCUGGAUUGUGUGCAGUUCAUGGCUUCAAAAAGACAUCUUUUUGAAGGGUCAUUGAACUGUCCCUUUGAAAAUUAUCUAAAAGAAAUGUCCAAUGCGUCUGAAUGGGGAAGUUUCAUUGAAAUAUCAGCCAUGAGCCAUUUAUAUAGACGUGACUUUAUUAUUUUCGAAGCAAAUAAUGGUCCCCAAACGAAAAUUUGUAAUGGCUAUGGUAACACAAUAUAUUUGUUUCAUUCACCUGAAACGAAGCAUUUUGAUGUGGUGUACACUAAAGAAUUCAUAACCACAUCUUCAUAUUGCCAGUCUUUGGUCUAUGAAAUACUUUAUGAUGGUGUGUACCAACUGAAAGACUUACCAUAUGCUGUUGAUAAAAUGCUCCAUGAUAAAGUUCCCACAAACCACAUUGAGUACUUCAUGUCAGAAAAUGUUGAGCGCCGUAAAAAGCAAAAAGAAAGAGCUAAGAUCUUUAUUGAAGCGACUACUGAUGAUAACAAAGACAGGAAUAAUGCUGUUGCAUUGAAAUGUAAACAUCACACAGAAGACCUAGAACGAGCGAGCCUUUUGAAAGAGUCUCUCAGUAUUUUUGUGUUUAACCGCAGCCUUAUUCAACUAGAAAACGUCUGCAUGAACUGUCUGAAUGUAAACAGCGCAAAAGACCUGCUUGAUAAUGGCAUCACACCUUUUCCGUAUAAAGUAGCAAAAGCUUUAGACCCGGACAUCUAUCGGAACAUCGAGUUCGAUGUUUGGAGUGAACUACGACGAGAGUUGCGUUAUGGGGCUAGGUACUCGGACGGGAGUACACUGCAAGUCGGCGUUAAGUGCCUCGUUAAGAUAGAACCCGAGCAGAGUGGGCCUUACCACUGCCACAUUCAGGAGAUGCGCCCGGACGGCGGGCCGUGCCUCGUGUUUAUCGAGGAGCUGGGCGAGAAGCGCGUCGUCAACUACGAACAGCUGGAGCCCUUGCCUCAGGAGGAGCUCCGACCGUGGGCGCCGCCCUACCGGUACUCCCGGGCUAACUCACAGUUCUUGACUUUAAGCCAAAUGUUGCAGCAAAUAGGCAACAUCACCCGAAAACAAGGGCUGAACAAAGCUAGGAAUAAGCCGAAGAGUGGUGCUGAAGACCUCAAAAGCCCUGACAAGGCCAGUCCCCAAAAACUAAGCAAGAUGUCUUGGGACGACGAAAAGCCACCAGGAGACAUGGCCCAAUACGUGAACGAAAAUAUUGACUUCUCUGCGUAUCAGCACUUGGAUUUUAUUAAUUUCGAUUCUGUUAGUUUUUUUAGUUAUGUAGUUGUAUAUGGUGAUAAAGUAAUGGGUUUGGGUAUACCGGCGAGCUCGCUGGCAGCCGCUCAGACGCUCUCGCGAGCUAGCGUGGGAAGUCUGUCGUGUUGUGUCAGCGAGCAUCGUGCGAUGUACGUUGGUCCUGUAGUGAUGUACAGAGGUGACCGGUCGCGCUUGCAGGUUGAAGUCGACGCACUGCCCCUGAUGGUGGACUGCCGGCCGGCCGCGGGGCCCGCGCCCCACGACAUCGCGCACUCGGCGCCCAACGGGGCCCCGCCUGAAGCUCACCAGAACCAGGCGGCGGCCAACAACGAGAUGGGUGCGCACGGGAUAACGUCUCCCGCCUCCGUGCGAGCAUCAACCCCAGCCACCAGCAACGCGCUCACCCCCUAUACAGGCGGUAAUCCCCCGGGUGGAGUGGGAGGUCCCGGGCCCGUGUAUUCCAACGUGGGCUUCGCUGGCGGCGUGGGCACUGUGGGUGUCAACGGGAUGGGCGGCAUGGCGCCCGCCGGCGUGGGCCCGGGCCCGGCGCCGGUUUUCGGCGGGGUGGGCGGCGUGAACUGCGCGCCCUACAUGUGCGGCAAGCUGCUGUGGUGCGCCGCGCAGUCGCCGCCGCCGCACGCGCCGCACCCGCCGCCGCCGCCGCCGCCGCACGGCGUCAACCCGCACGUGUUUAAGAGCGUGCAGGCUAACGGCGCUGAUCUGCCCAUGAAUGACAUCCCUACGCUGCGCUACUACUUCAACCUGGGCGUGGAGUGCAUGUGGGCCGCCUACGGCCCGCCGCCGCCGCACCACCCGCCGAGACACUACUCGCCGCGCGACCUGGCCCAGGACAUGCAGCAGAUGGCGAUCCACGACGGGCGCGCGCUGCCGCACGCGGGCGGCGAGCAGAACCACAAGCACGCGCCGCGCGACAACAAGCCGCCGCUCGCGCAGGGCAAGGGCGCGCAGCGGCCACUGCUGGGCCCGCGAUUCAAGCGUGGUGGGAACAACCAAGAUAACAACCAGACGAACAACCACAACCAGAACAAGGGGCAUAACAACAACAUGGGCAACAAGGGGCCUAACAACCGCCGCAACUCGCACAUGGAGUCGCGCGGCUACGGGGCGGGCGCGGGCGCGGGCGACGAGGGCUGCGCGGAGCCGGCGCUGCUGCCGCUGCCCUACAUCCCCUACCCGCCGCCCAUCUACCCCAUCCCCUACUACCCCAUCGACUCUGAUCCCGCCAUGAUGGGCAUGAUGGGUGGUAUGGGCUACGUGGGCUACGAAGAGGGGGUGGAAUACGCGGCGCCCAUCCAGUACUACCCGCCGCACUACCCGCCGCCGCCGCACCACCCGCCGCCGCACCAUCCGCAACAUCCGCAACACCCGCAACACCCGCCGCACCACCAGGACAACAAGUGAACUGUCACUGUCAAUGUCACUGCUAGACGCUGCUCUUGAGUUUAUGCUUACGGAUUUUUAGUUAGGUUACGAAACAACGCACAAAAUUCGAUUUAAGUUCCGCAUUUGCGCGGCGCGACACGAAGCGUCGAACUAUUCUUUCAGUCAUUUUUGUAUGUCGCGUUAUAGCGGCGCUGCAAUGAGCGUAGCAUGGGUGCUUACGAGAGAAUAUUUCGAUUUGUGCCACGUAGCGCCGCGCAAAUGCGGUCCGACCUAUAAUCUCGGUCAUAGAUUUUGUGCUGUAAUUAGGGUUUUCGCGAAUGAAAGAUCCGCUAGAUGGCGGGACGUGGAUGUGGGGUCUGACUGCUGCGUGAUUGGUGGAU